UUUGACCAAGGCGAAUUCAAAAACGCUUUAACUGCUUUUUGAUCAAGCGAGCAAAGAUGUUGCGGUUGCUGCUGCUGCGGCGGGUAAUAUGGAAUCCAGCGGCGGAGAAAGUACGUUUGAGCAGCAGCUUAAGCGGCGACGGAGAUUUUCCGAUCCUAAAAGGUCACAAAGCGGCUCAAGACUUGUCCAAAGAUACUCUAAAGUCCCAUGAAGCAACCAAAGACAAAGAAGGCCAACACAAAGUGGUUAGAAAAGAGUUCAAGAUUUACAGAUGGAACCCUGACAAUCCAAACACUAAACCAUUUCUUCAAUCUUUCUUCGUCGAUCUUUCCACUUGUGGUCCCAUGGUUUUGGACGUUUUGCAGAAGAUAAAAGCAGAGGAAGAUGCGAGUUUGAGUUAUAGAAGAUCAUGCAGAGAAGGAAUAUGUGGAUCUUGCUCGAUGAACAUCGACGGUACUAAUACCGUCGCGUGUCUUAAACCUAUAAAUUCCGACACUUCGAAACCCACCAUAAUCACUCCCUUACCUCACAUGUACGUCAUCAAAGAUUUAGUCAUGGACCUCACUAAUUUUUACCAACAAUACAAAUCAAUCGAGCCAUGGUUAAAGACAAGGAAGCCGCCAAAAGACGGACGUGAACACCGACAAUCACCAAAGGACCGGAAGAAGCUAGACGGGUUGUACGAGUGCAUAUUGUGCGCGUGUUGUACCACAUCAUGUCCUUCUUACUGGUGGAACCCCGAGGAGUUUCCAGGACCCGCUGCUUUACUACAGGCCUACCGUUGGAUCAGCGACAGCCGUGAUGAGUUUAGACAAGAGAGGUUACAAGCGAUAACAGAGGAUGAAAAGAAAGUGUAUAGAUGCAGAGCAAUCAAGAACUGUACGGCUUGUUGUCCUAAAGGACUUGACCCAGCUAGUGCCAUCUUAAAGAUGAAGGCUAAGCAUUUGCUCUCUGAUCCGGUCGAGAGAACCGUGAGUGCCUAGCCACACCAUGGCUUGGUCCGGUUAUAUAUGUACUGUAAAAGCUUCUCUCUCCUGGCAAGGCAAUAUGAUAUUAAUGU